GAGGAAUCGGCCUGGAAGCCACCGCGAGUGGACGCGCCUGCAGCCUUUUUGAGGUCUGAGGAAAGCGGAGGCCUAGCAGGGACCCAGUGCUCCAGGGAGGAUGGUGCGGAUCUUGGCCAAUGGGGAAAUCGUGCAGGACGAUGACCCCCGCGUGAGGACCAACACCGGGCCACGCAGCAGCACCUCUAGACAGAGCCUUCUCAAUAGGGGCCACGGUGCCUCACUGGGGGGUCCUGGCCUCCGGCAGCAGCAGGGGGGCGCCAGGCUGGGUGCUGCUCAGUCCCCCUUCAACGACCUCAACCGGCAGCUGGUGAACAUGGGAUUCCCCCAGUGGCAUCUUGGCAACCACGCGGUGGAGCCCGUGACCUCCAUCCUGCUCCUCUUCCUGCUCAUGAUGCUCGGCGUGCGUGGACUCCUGCUGGUGGGCCUCGUCUACCUGGUGUCCCACCUGAGUCAGCGGUGACCUCUGCUGGGGGGCAGGCGCAGGGGAGAGGGGGUUGCUCGGCUUUGGUGUGAGAGCAGGUGCAUUGGGAGGGGAUCCAGUGGUGCCUUGAAGGUCUGCUUAGAGAAUGUUUCCACAUUAUGGUAAGCAUGAUGCAGAGGGAACUCCUAGUCCAGCAUUCCAAAGUAUCAGGUGAAUCCCUUGAGAUGUUUUUAAGUGGUAUUGAGCCUGCGUUAAGCACAAACUCACAGCAAGAAAGGGAUCCCCUUCCCCUUCUCUUCCAAUCCUUUUUUGCCAAGAAGACAGUCUCAGCCCAGUGCCAGUAUGCCUCGUGCCGCCGGCACACACGCUGACUUCCCCUGUUACUAGGGAACAGGCCUUGGGCAUAGGGCAGGUGGGAAGUUUCCAGACUUUUAUAGCCCUGUUUUAAUGGUAUAUUUUUAAUGGCUACCUUUUAUUUAUGACAGGUGGUA